CAGGAAACGGGUCUUAAACUCCUCUGAGAUGAAAAGGAGUGUGCAGUGUGGAGUGAGGCACGAGACAUGCGCUGGAAAAGUGAGGUCAAAGUUCAAUGCUGCGUCGUGGACGUAGGCCGCAGCGAUGAGGGUCCACAGGUGGACGUGGUGGAUGAAGACACAUCCACCCUGCAGACGAUGUCCUCCGCACCUCUUUUAAGCAGAAGUGUGUGUGCCAGCUGCAGUGAAGAAAUAGUGGAUAAAUAUUUAUUAAAGGUGAGCGACCUGUGCUGGCAUGUACGCUGUCUGUGCUGCAGCGUGUGCCAGGCUGCACUUGGCAGCCACACCAGCUGCUACAUCAAGGACAAGGAGGUCUUCUGUAAGAUGGACUACUUCAGAAGGUUUGGCACGUGGUGCGCCUGCUGCGCCCGCCACAUCCACUCCACGGACUGGGUGCGCCGCGCCAAGGGCAACGUGUACCACCUGGCCUGCUUCGCCUGCUUCUCCUGCAAGAGGCAGCUCUCCACCGGCGAGGAGUUCGCCCUGGUUGAGGACAAGGUGCUCUGCAGGGUCCACUACGACUGCAUGCUGGACAACCUCAAGAGGUCCGGGGACAAAGGUAGCAGUGUGAAUAUGGAGGGUGCCGUGCCCACUGAACAAGAAAUUAACCAGCCCAAACCCUCCAAGAGAGCACGGACCAGCUUCACUGCUGACCAGCUGCAGGUGAUGCAGGCUCAGUUUGCACAGGACAACAACCCAGACGCACAAACGCUGCAGAAACUGGCCGAGCAGACGGGCCUCAGUCGAAGGGUCAUACAGGUGUGGUUCCAGAACUGCCGAGCCCGUCACAAGAAGCACGUGAGCCCCAACCACACGUCCAGCAGCCCGAUGACCUCGCUACAGCCCAGACGCCUACAGGCACAGCCAACCCCGACCCCCGAGGAGCUGCAGUACACAGCCUACGUGGGCCCGGAAGGUUCCAUGCUGUCUGCGCUGCACUCCUUCAUAGACAUCCAUCCCCCUUCAUCUAUGUUUCAACCACUGAUGCCAGCCCAGUACGCCAUGACCUCGCUGCCCGUGUCUCACGCCUGAACUACACACAAACACACAGUAUUAAAAGUGUAAUAGGCAUGUUUGGUUUCUUUUUUUUAAAGUACUGUAUAUGGAGGCGGGGAGGCUUCACUGCACCUCACCGGCACACUCUAAAAAAAAAUCUGCAUUUAAAAAGGUUGUGCUGGAAGCUGUUUGUAAUGUUUAGCCCAACUCAUGUUCCUGAGAAUGCGAGAAACACCUCAUCACAACUAUAAAACCAGUUUUACUGCAAUAAAAUAUAUGCACGCUACAUACAGUAUUUAGUGAAGCCUCCCUGCUUUAUAUUACAUCGCUGACAUGGAAACAUGCUUAUGGAUUGUUUAAAGUAUGUGAAUGUUUACAUAUUUGUUUUAAUUUAUUGUGUGCACGUGGAGUCUUCUUUUAUUACAAAAUAAAUUUGGCUAGCAAAACACGCAAGGUUUGUGCUGCGGGUCCAUAAGUACAUGCACAUGACGAGACUAUAAAGCUCACAAUAAGGUACAACACAUGGUACAUGACGCCCACACAAAAAAAAACUAACUUAAAAUAAAAACUGUAAAGUGGUUGUGCGUGAAGCUGAUGAUGUUUUAGCACAUUCUGCCUACUUGUGUCUACUUGUUCUGCUGUGGUUGACCAAAAGAAUCCUCUUGCUACACGCGGGGGCAGACAAGGGAGCACUAAAAGAUAUUGUGUAAUCUCUUGCCUAAACCAAUUUGCUCUACAACAGUCAAGGGUGGAUACAAUAACUUAACAAUAUGAUGUAUAAUAGAAUUCACUGUAACCGACAUCUUUUCAAAGUGGCAAAAAUGCAUUUAAAUAGUGAUGUUCUCUCCUCAUGCUUUGCCAAAAACUCAUGAAAGUGCUCAAUUAAUAAUAACAACCCUCAAUGUGAGACAACCAACACUGGCACGUGCAAGAAUAACUGGGAACUACGAGAGCAUAGAAAAAGGUGAUAGCCACUCAUUUCAGGAGUGGAAAUAAGUCUUAAAUAUUAUACAGGUUAUAUCAGAGGAGCACUUUAUCAGCUGCUAAAAAGCCUUUCUUAAUUCUCAGAGUCUGCUCGCCCCACCUUCAUUUUU